AUGUCCAAGGUAAAGGGGUCCGGGACCCCCAGGCCGUCGGGGGCCGGGGAUGGGACCAAGGCGUCUGGAGGCCCGGAGAAGCGCCCUUCGGGUAGACGGCCGUUCCGUCGUGGCGGAGCCAGCGGCUCCUCAACGCCGUCUUUGGCCGGCCGCCCCUCGGGGGGCUUCCUGAGACGGGUGCUGAAGAUGCUGUCGUCGAUGGUCCACUACAGGACCCAAGGCUCGCCCCUGGCCGAACCGGCCCGCCCACCGGACUCUGGCACCUGUCCCCCGGGCCCGGAGGCCCAAGAGGACCCAGCCCCGGUGGACCCAGUGGACCCGGCCCUGGAGGACCCGGUGGACCUGGCUCCAGUGGACCCGGUGGACCUGGAUGCAGUGGACCCGGCCCCGGAGGACCCGAUGGACCUGGCCCCGGCUGGGCUAUGCCCGCUGCAACAGCAGCAGCAGCCCAUGGUGUCAACCGUGCCUCCCCCUGUACCCCCCGUUGAUCUCCUGCGACGGCCCGUUGGGGUGUUAGUGACCCCACCCGUCCCCUUGUCCCCACAGCCCCCCGCCGACAUUCUGCAAAGAGCCUGCGGUGGCCAGCCACCUGUGCCCGGCGUAGCGGGCCUGCAGAACCUUGGCAACACGUGCUUCAUCAAUGCAACCCUCCAGUGCCUCAGCAACACCGACCUGUUGGCCGAGUACCUGGCACUGGAGUGGUAUCAGAUUCCCGAGCCGCCGCCCGUCGAGCCCGCUGACCCGGAUGAAGGCCUGCCGGGCAACACACAGGCCAGGGGCGAGGUCACCGACCGGCUGGCGCACCUCGUGCGGGCGCUGUGGACUCUUGAAUACACCCCCCAGCAGAGCAAGGACUUCAAGAGCGUUGUCACCAAGAACGCCAUCCAGUUCCGGGGGAGCUAUCAGCACGACGCCCAGGAGUUUUUGCUGUGGCUUCUGGACCGUGUGCACGAAGACCUCAGUGAGAGUGGGAAACCCAUUCGUCGCCCCCCGCCGGAGCCCGGGGAGCUUCCAGUCAGUAGCACUUUGGUACAAGAGCUCUUUCAGGCCCAGUACAGGUCUUCCUUGACCUGUCCCCAUUGCCAGAAACAGAGCAACACCUUUGACCCUUUCCUCUGCAUCUCUCUACCAAUUCCCCUGCCCCAUACAAGGCCCCUGUACAUUACUGUGGUCUCUCAGGGGAAGUGGUCUCAUUGCAAGAGGAUCGGUGUGGCAGUACCUCUGACUGGGACGGUGGCCAGACUGCGAGAGGCGGUGUCCAAGGGAACCAAUAUCCCCACUGACAGGAUUGUGUUAGUAGAGAUGUACUACAAUGGGUUCCAUCGUUCCUUCUGUGACACGGAUGAUCUGGAGAUGGUACAAGAGACCGAUUGCAUUUUUGCCUUUGAGGCUCCUGAUCUACUGAGACCCGAAGGACUACUCACUCAGAGGGGAUUGCUCUUAAGCAGUAAUCCGGACAAUUGGGAAAAUGCUGCCGAUCACCAUAGAAUGCCUUCCCACCUGCGAAUGGCGACAGGUCUAGGACAGUUGGCCCUGGCCUCCACAAGAGCAGCAACCGAGAAGAUCAUUCUGCUGGUGUGUAACCGAGUUUAUAACGGGCAGAAGGGCAAGAGAUUUGGACUACCCUUUGUGCUGCACCUAGAGAAGACUUUAGCCUGGGAUCGUCUUCAGAAGGCGAUACUGGAGAAGACGCAGUGUUACUCGAGGCCGACAGUUUCCACCCAGGUCUGGCCCUUCAGUUUGUGGGUGGUCAGUGCUGUGGGAAUAGCGUACCUGCUACCCCAUGACGAGCAGCCCCUCUGCCAGCCGGCCAUAGAAAGGGUGUCGAGGUCGUGUGGACAUGCUGGCUCUGCUUACGUGAAACUGAUUGUAGAAUGGGACAGAGAGACAAAAGAUUACCUCUUUCCAAAUACUGAAGAUGAACAUGUUCUGGAUGCAGAGAGCGUCUAUCUGCAGAAGAAGCAACACAGCCAGCUUCAGAUCUGCACUUUAUCACAGUGUUUCCAGCUUUACACCCGAGAGGAGCAGCUUGCCCCAGACGAUGCCUGGCGUUGUCCCCAUUGCAUGAAGCUUCAGCAGGGGCGCAUAACUUUGAGUCUGUGGACUGUGCCUGAUGUGCUUGUCGUACAUCUAAAGAGAUUUCAACAGGUAGGGGACAGGCUCAUGAAGUUUCAGAACAUGGUGAAGUUCCCUCUGACUGACUUAGACAUGACACCUUACGUGGUAAAACGAGGCCAGAGUGGCCGGAGCCUACCACCUCAGUGGUCCCCAUGGAGAUGUCCUUCUAGGCUUGGGAGAGACCCUGAGGACUUCAUAUAUGAUCUCUAUGCUGUGUGUAAUCAUCAGGGGACCUUGGAAUGGGGACAUUAUACAGCCUACUGUAAGAACUCAGUGGACGGGCUAUGGUACUGUUUUGAUGACAGCCACGUGCAGCAGUUGUCUGAAGCUGAAGUCUGCAAACAGACGGCUUACAUCCUCUUCUACCAGCGGCGGGCUGCCAUCCCGUCAUGGUCAGCCAACAGCUCAGUGGCGGGCUCCACCAGGUCUUCGCUGUGUCAACACUGGGUGAGCCGGCUCCCUGGGAGCAAACAGGCUAGCAUCACCUCUGCAGCUUAUUACCAAGGCGUGUCUCUGCCUUCUGUCGCGGAGUCAGUGGAGUUCACUGGUGAACGAAGCAAAGCUGUUGGUGGAUUCUCUACUCGACCCUUCGUAAGAGGCUUUCAGCGCCAAAGCUCGUCCUCCAGAUCCUCUGUCACCAGCCCUCCGGCCGUCAAUGAGAACCAUAUGAAAUUGUCUUGGUCACUGCCUGCUAAGCUGCAACUGUGUUCUAAUGCUCCAUACCGUUUCUCAGGGGAGUCUCCAGCUCACACCUCUUCCUCUACCUUGGAGAAGAUAUGCGAGGCCUCAGACAACAGGCUUUCCGGAUCCUGCUUUGGAAGCUCGAGGAGUCUCUCCAGUGACGACGUGGAUCCAUGUGGCAGCCAGAGCUGGCAGGAGCCGAAGGGGAGAGGGCCUCCUGCUGUUACAGAAGGAGUAUUUCGAGACAAUUUGGCUGGCAGGAAAUCUGUACCAAGACUGGUGGACACAAAGAGGAUGACUUCAGGACCAGGGGACGGGGUACAUCCUGUUUUGGAUCCCUUUGAUAGCAAUAAGCAAAUGGCUUAUGUGGAUCGGAAGGACUUUGUUGAGAACUCUCCCGUUAAACAGAGCAAACCGCCUGGCGGCCCCAGCUCAUCCCUGAAGAAUUCAGACAGCACAAUCAAAAAGUCUCCUGGCUCCGAAGGAGUUCCUGAACCAGAUGGAAGCUGGAGGAAAGGGUGGAUGGUCUUGCCAAACCAAGCAUCCUCUCAUUCAAACACCCUCUCUACGACUAGUACUAUUACUGCUUCUCCUCCUCCUCCUCCUCUCCCCUUAAAAAGCUGUCUGAAGACCUCUGGGAGCAAGGCCGAUGCCAUCCAGGCCAGUGGGAGCCACACAUCUGCUGCCCCUCCACUGCCCAAGAAGCGGGUGGCAUUCAACCUCCUAGACUCUGCAUCAUCAGCCGCUGAUGAGAAGCAAAAGUUGGCCUCCGCCACGGCCCCCUUCCUCCCUCCCAAAAAAUCCGCCCUGGGCUCUGUCCCAAGGGGUGCCUCCUGGGGCAGCAAGAGCAGCACUGCAGACCGAAGCCUCAGUAGAAAAGGCUCUUGGAGCCUUGGAUCGAGCUUCGGAUUGGACAAAGGCAGCUCCCUCUCCAACUCCAAACCCAAUGCCCCUGGAGUCAACCAGUCUAGAGGAGGCAAGAACGGGGUGGGCAGACAGUAUGUGAAGAGUUCUUUGCUGCCCAGCAUCCGCGCUACCAACCCAGGUGCUACGUCAGACCUAAAGAGGCAUAAAGAAGACAAGGGGCUUUCUUUUUUCAAAUCUGCGCUGAGGCAGAAGGAGCCCUGGCAGUCCGCGGUUCUCGGCAAAACCACGCUUUUGAAAAAGCCGAGUGGCAGUUCUGAUGGAUCUGUCUCUAGGAACCUGGAGGAAGACAGGCCUGAGAAGAGCAGCCAACUGCCAUCUUCCCAGCCUCCCAGUGUCAACACUAAAGAGCAGGUUGUCUGUACAGAUCCCGCCUCGGAAAAACAUUUGCUGUGGUCCCGAAAGGCCGAGUCUUCCCAGCUAAAACCAGGAGCCCCUCUGUGAGAUCAGGGCCUGGGAUUUCAGAAAGCAGACUCAGAGCAGACUGCAUAGCCUGAUUUGAGCAGCCCUUUAUCACCCCAAAGGCCAGAGCUCUUGACAGACAGAAACGGAUCAGGGUUUUGCAUCGGCUGGUGCUGCAGAUCUGGUUGCGCUCUGCCGGGAAGCCUUGGACUACACCACCUUACGGCAUGCGUGCCUCUGCCUGGCCUUCUCAAAAACCUCAGCAUGGCAUCCUCCAUCCAGGGGUUUUACCUGCAUAAAGAAGGACUCUAUUCUCAGUCACCUUCCUGUGUUUUGGUUAAUUUUUUCUUGUGAUUCUGUUUUGUAAAUUUGGUUCAUGGGCCUAAAAUCAUGUGCAUGUGCUUGCACACAUGUGGAAAACUUAACUGCAAACUGUUAAUAAUAAGGGUGUUGGAUAGUGGUAUUUGCUAAGCACUUUCUGUGUUUCAAGCACGGUUCUAAAGCAUUCUAAGGCACUGCCUUCUCUUUUUCUGCCAUCAAGCCAAAUGGUAGCCACAGGCAGAGCACUGAAACCAAGCUAACUGGAUUAACCGUAGAACUUAACCUUGUUUAUCCCAUAGCACUUGAACAUAUUUUUCUCAAGUGACAUGUGACUUUUGUCACAGGCUAGGGAUUUGAAACCUGGGAACCAGUUAGACUGUGAUUUGUAUAUUGUGUAGAGCUGUGAAAUACUUUCUUGGUUCCAAUCUGAGUUCCUCCUCAUUGCCUUGUGGAUUUCUUUCUUGUGCCAUGAAUGACAGAAAAUGCUACAGUGUCAGUGGAGUUAGCGGGACUGUGGCUUCUUAGGCUCUCACCGCAUUCUUCAAGCUUUUUCUAGGACAAUGUUUGAACACUAACAUGGCGUGGACUCGGCUAGAAUAGGAA